AGCUAGCAAUAUUAUCAAUAACAAAUAAAAUUGGCCUGCUUGAAAGACCAGCUGGAGCUUCUCAGUGUGAAAUAAAAUAACUCUUACACCAAAUCCAUGACCUUCAAUUAAACCAUUAACGAUCCAGGAUGAAUUUUAGCUUUAAACAAAAUUUUCGGGACAUGGUGAUCGUGGCGUUCGCUAUGGUGCUGUUCUAUCUUCUAGCAUCCAAGAAAACUCAGCUGUUGGAACGUUUUAGCUCAACCGACACCGAGAUGCAGGCUAAGGUCCAGGUCGAAAGUGAGAGGAUAUUUACGGAGACAGAAUUGCGAAAGUACAACGGACAAGAGACCAACCUGCUGUACCUCGUUAUACUGGGCCACGUGUACGAUGUGACGGUUGGAUUCAAACAUUACGGACCGGGUCAAUCAUAUCACAUGUUCAUUGGCCACGAUGCUACACGAUCUUUCGUUACGGGAGAGUUCGACCAGUACACCCUGGAGCUGAGCGACGUGUCCGCGCUAAAGGGGACGGAGCUGGAACAACUGCUCACUUGGAAGGACUUUUACGAUAAAACCUACCAGUACGUUGGUAAGCUGGUCGGCCGUUACUUUGAUCCGUUCGGACAAGAAACCCCUUACUAUCGGUACGUUCUGGAGCGUGCCACCAAGGCAAAGGAGAGCAAGGACGAUAUCUCGAAGUAUCCUUCGUGCAAUGUAGAGUGGAAGGUCGAGAUGGGUACGCGUGUUUGGUGCACGAAUCGAAGCGGGACUGGCCAGGAACGGUCUUGGGUAGGGCAACCGAGAAAAGUGGCGGAAAGCAAUGCGGCCGAAAACGAAGCGAAUGGUCGUAGCGUUCAGUUUUGUGCCUGCAUACCAGAGGAGGUGUCCGAUGCGCACUACGUUCCAUUUCCGGGAUGUGAGGAAACCGCAAAAUCUUGCAUUAUACCGGAUCAAAGCUAACAAUAUGCAGCACGCAUGAAUUGAAGUGUAUUCAUCAUUCUGUCCGUCCUGGUGUGUGGAAAACUAAGCCGCAGGAACUAAGAUGCCUUUUCGCUCAACUAUGCUAAGCAAAGCGGAACCACAUAAUAUGAACACGUGCGUAAGAGAGAAAUACUGCACAGGGUUGCUUUUCAUUACGAAAUAAAAGAAAGUUUAUUCCUGAAG